AGAGAGCUCACAGGAAGUCCUCUCACCCGUUAGCGUUAGCUUCACAGCGGAGCAUUCAGGCCCAGUCAAAACAAUGCAGCUUAGCUGGCCUGCUGCGUCUGACCAGCGGCUAAUAUUCAGCAAAUUAUUAACGGGAAACCCCGCCGAACAGUUCGUGUCCAGCCAGUGUUGCGUUUAGGUAAAGUUUAGUCGCUUCGUUCUCGUGGUUAGUUUAAUCUUGAGCUGUCUGCGUGGACGCGUUUCCCGUGGGUGUUUGUGUUUUGUUCUCGGUGAUGGCUGGGAACGGAGACGGCUAACGGCAGCCUGAGAGCGGCGGAGGGGAGCGGCUGAAAACACGAAAAAAACGGGAAAAAUAAGAAAGAAAAGAGGGUGAAAACGUGUCGAAAUUAAAAAAAAAAGAUUAAAGCGCAUUGAUUAACCUCCUGGUCGGACGACUGGUUAUCAUGGUGGAGUAGGCGGCUCCGGGGUCGACGCUAACGACGCUCCUCUGACCGACCGACCGACCGACGGACGGUUCGCUCUCAACGGGGAGUCUCAUCAUGGCCCCGGGCUCUCUGGUGGCGGCCUGCCGCAGUCUGGCCCUCUCUACGUGGCUGCUGUCCUUCUGCUUCGUCCACCUGCUGUGCCUGGACUUCACCGUGGCCGAGAGGGAGGAGUGGUACACCGCCUUCGUCAACAUCACCUACGUGGACCCCGCUACCUCGGAGCUCCGCACCGAGAAGACGGAGUGCGGCCGGUACGGGGAGCACUCGCCGAAGCGGGACGCCAAGGGGGUGGUGGUCCUGCCCGCCGCCCUGCACGACCGCCAUGCCUGCGACCCCAACACCCGGUUCGCGGUGCCCACUCAGGCCGGGGCCUGGAUAGCGCUCAUAGCCCGGGGCAACUGCACCUACAAGGAGAAGAUCCGCAACGCUGCAGCCCACAAUGCCUCCGCGGUGGUCAUCUUCAACGUGGGGUCCACUAAUGCCAACGACACCAUCACGAUGCCUCACUCAGGUACAGGUGAGGUGGUUGCCAUCAUGAUCCCGGAGCCAAAAGGCCGCGAGGUCGCAUCGCUGCUGGAGCGCAACGUGACGGUCACCAUGACAAUCACCAUCGGGACAAGGAACCUGCAGAAGUACGUCAGCCGGACGUCGGUGGUGUUUGUGUCCAUCUCCUUCAUCGUGCUGAUGAUCAUCUCCCUCGCCUGGCUCGUCUUCUACUACAUCCAGAGGUUCAGAUACGCCAACGCGCGAGACCGGAACCAGCGUCGUCUUGGCGACGCAGCGAAGAAGGCCAUCAGUAAGCUGCAGGUUCGCACCAUCAGGAAGGGCGACCAGGAGACGGAGGCCGACUUUGACAACUGUGCCGUCUGCAUCGAGGGCUACAGGGCCAAUGACGUGGUCCGCAUACUGCCCUGCAGACAUUUGUUCCAUAAGAGUUGUGUGGAUCCGUGGCUGCUGGACCAUCGCACGUGUCCCAUGUGCAAGAUGAACAUCCUCAAGGCUCUGGGCAUCGCUUUGAAUGCAGAUUGCCUGGAUGACCUGCCACUGGACUAUGACCUGGCCCUGGGUGGCGUGGGCGGCGUCGGUGUGGGUGGGGUGGGAGGAGUCGGGGCCCUGGCUCUGGAGGCUGUGGUGUCUGGAGCAUCCAGUGACGGCACGUUGAGCGAGGGCGGCUCCUCUGUGGUGCUGGACCCUGGCGUGCGACGGGUGGGACUUCCACAGGACUACCAGGACCCCGACACCCUGAGGGACAGCCCUGUGACGGCCACCACUGAUACACACACAGGUGAGCUUCAGCCAAUGGCGAGCAGCGCCUCGGUGGCAUCACUGGUCAUCGCCGUGGAAACAGGUCUUUCAGACGAGGAGGGGUCCACGGAGCAGUCUCAGCUGGGGGACAAAUCCUGAGAGCAGCCACAACAGAACCAAACCAGAACCCGGGGCCGAAAAAACAGGCUCCAAUCAGGUUCAGACUUUAAACAGACUUCAGACAUUAAAACCAGACAGAGCAUGACUGGAACCAGGUUCUGGUUUGGACUGGUUCCAGCCAGCACCAGUGUUUGACUGGAAUUUUUUUGUUUGUUUUUUUUUUCUGAUACAGAACUUCGUUAAACCAAACCAACUUGUCUGAAGUGGACCUAAGUUGAAUAAAGGUUUGUAUUGGUUUUGAUAACCUACUGACCUGGUUCGGCUUCGUUUUUAGUCUCCUUCUGGAGUCGCUGUUUCUGUGGUGCGGCAAGGUCGGAUCCAGGAAUUAACCUGGACCAACACAGGUGUUAUCCAGUGUGUUUACCUUGGUCUGACCUUCCCCUCUCCUCUCCUCGGUUUAACCAAGAUUAAACUUAGUCUAACUAUCUGUCGUGGCUCUGUGCAGAUGUCUUCAUUGACCCACAUUUGCCUCAGUUCGUGCGGUUUCCAGAAAUAGACUAUCCACCUACUUUUUUUUUUUUUGGUCUUACCCAUCUGUUAUUACUGCUGACAAGCUUCCACAGUGACAGAAAGGUCAAAUAUAAAUCUAGUCCUUCAUUCACAUGUUGUGGAACUUGUCUGGAGAUUUCUUGUCUGAUUUCGAUGGACUUUCGGAGAGCAGAUAGGAUUCAAAUCUAAAUCUCCACGAGCCAAAACGAAUCACACGUUUAGUCACGGCUGCCAAAACAAAGUCGGUCGAUAUUCUGCUUCAUCUGUAAAACUGGAGGACCAAGUUCACGAGUGCAUGAGGACUCCAAAAGUACCAGGAAUCUAGAUGAACCUGCGUAUUUCCUCCUUCAGUAAGGAGUGCUCUUGCCUCUGGACCUAUUCUGGAAUAUUUUCUGUUACCUGGUUUUUCCAGGUAGUGAGGCACAACUAAACAAACCCUGACGGACAUGGUAUGAUGGCGGCUCACUUCUCGUUCCUUGUCUGGAUUCUUGGAAGAGUUCAUCUCUGCUUAAUUUAGCUAAUUUUGCCGCUGUUUCUUGAUGUGUGCGGUGACUGACUUUCAUAUUGGAAAGGAGGACUUUUAUUCUGAACAGACAAUUCAGCAACUUUUUUUCUUUUUUCUAGAGUUUUGCUAAAAGGUCGGACUUUGUCCUGGCAGUAUUACAGCUACAGUUUGACUGCAGUAUUGAAUAGAAACAGUAUUAUUUUUCUCUCUUAUUGCCUGUCUGUAUAAUUCAAGGCUUCUUUAUCUUUACAGUAUUCUGACAGUAUUCAGUUUGGAUGCUCUUUGUGCUUGGCUGUGGUUUUAAACAGGGUUCCCGGGUACAUCCAGAAAACUGGAAACACUAACAAAACACUCUUGACAGUUUGCAGGGCUGCACAGAAAACUUUUAAGUAUGAGGAAGGUUGUUAAAAUGUAAAUUCACUACAACAAUAAUGCAGAUUUUGUGACUGUAAAGCACAGAUAAAAACAAGUAAAAGGUAUAUAAACUAACAACAGUUUGUAAAACCUUUCGAAACUCGGCAUUAACGGAUCUUUUCUAGAUAUGGUUGUGAGAAAAAUGCCACCUGCACCACCACCUGUUCUCCUCUUUAAAUAGUUUGUGUUUAUACAAUUAAAAGAAAAAGAUCCGCAAGAUAGAAGUGUUGGAGAGACUUUCCUCACCAGUCUUCCAUCACGGCCCUCUCUCCUGGAUUUUAAACUUUGGUAAGCAUCAUCCAAACUUUGCCAGGUAGGAACCCUGUCUGUAGUGUUGCCUUGUUUUGAUUUAUUGCCCGUCCUUCUGUCUGUCUGCCUGACCGCACGUUACCAUGGCCUCAUGCUGCCUUUUUUAAAAAAAAAAAAAACACCUUGACCUUUAACCCUGUCAUCAGACAAUCAAGGAUCAAGUCUUUUGCUUUCCAGUCAGGGAUCUUUUUCUCUGAACUUAAGCAAACCUAAGAAGUGUUUUCAAACCCACAGUCUGUACACCACAGUAGGUGUUAGCUGCUGUUUCCAUUUCCAGAUUAUUAAUUAACACCACCAAAACAAGCCGUGAAAGACGAUUUUAAAAAGGUACCCAAGUUAGAGUUGUAGAAAUACUUUCAUAGCUGUAAACACAAGAGUUUAACAAAGAAUCCCUCCCUGCUUUAGUGAGUGUUGUUCACUCUAUGUGCAUCAGCUCAAAGCCGAACAUGUAAAUAUAAAAUGUAUAUUUCACAAGUUCACUACGCCACCGGUGUGCAGACUGCGCAGGGCUGCGGUCGCGCCGUGAGCUUCCUGAAAAACUGAGAGAGAUAAAGAGUGUCGUCUAUUUUGUUACCAGAGGAGACGUUUAUUUUUGUAAUGAAGACACCCAGCAGCAAGGACUGAUUCCCCCCCCCCCCCCCAACCUCCCCCACCCCACCCCCAUGACCCCGCAGCCUGGUGAUUCUCAAUGUGAUUGAGUAUUUAUCAGGUGGAUUUAUGUGUUAAUUAUUCGUGUAAUUGUACAUACAUACAGCACGCAAAGGACCUCAAAGAUACAAACCUAAACUAUCGUAAAUUUGUCCGUAAACAUUUGGGAUCUGAUCGUUUAUGUAGCCUGAUGAAGAUUGAACCUGAGAGAAUAGAGCUUGAGUGUAGGACGGAGAACCAACGCUGUACUUAGUUUUGUUCCCAUCUCUUUUGAUACUGGUGUUUUGUGCCAGUCUAAAUGGAAAAUAAGACCAGUUUAGAAAUAAAUGUAAAGAGUAUACGAGUCACAACUGUAUUGUAUCUAGAUAACAUAAUGUCAGACCUUUGUAAGAAAUUUCCUGGACCUGCAGACUCCAUAAAUUUAAGUAGAGCUGCAUCUUGCGAUCAUUUUUCUUAUGUACUAAUCUGCUGAUUAUUUUCACAAUUAAUAAUUUUGUUGGUAAAACAUCAGAAAAUGGUGAAAAAUGCCCAUCACAUCUCAGGGUCAAAGGUAACUUGACUUGUCUGUCCAACUGUUUAUCUAAAACCCUGAAAUAUUAAAUCUACAAUAAUGUUAGACCACAAAAAGCACCAAAUUCUCCCAUUGUCCAUGUUUGCUUGAAAAAUUACUUUAACAAGUAUUUGGUUAUCAAAAUAGUUGCUGAUUAAUAUUUGUAAUGGACUGACCAUCGCAGCUCUAAAGUAAAGCAAAUUGUACAACUAGCAUCCAAAUGUGGACAUGAUGUGAUUUUCAGUAAAUCAGUUGACUUUAUAUUACCGUACAACUAUAUGUAUGGAUAUUAAAGAGGAAAUUUAAUUGGUUUUAAUGAUGAAAAGUUCCAUUUUGGGGGAUUACAAUUGGUACCAAAUUGUAAGAGUCUGAAGCAGUACUGGUUUUGUGGUUUUAAGUCCUACCAUUGAGUUCAGUUUCUCUCAGACUCAAUAGAACAGAAAUACUUGUAGUAUUUUUUAAGGUUCUUCCUGCUUUGCUUCCUAAGCUUCAUCUUUCUUCUCUCCUCGCAGUUCAGUAUCAGGGCUGAGGACCAGUUCACUCUCAGUUCAGUCUGUUACCAAGUAUAUAAUAAACACUAGUUAAUUUAAACACCAGUAAAAUGGUGGAUAGCUUAUUUGCUGUAAUAUAUGAAGAUGAUGGAUUUGUAUGCCUUGUCUUGGCCAAUUUUCAGUGAAUCUUGUUUUAAUUAAAGUCACUUCUUUGUGUUGUAAGCUUUAUUUUCCAUGAAUUUUAUUGGGCGUCUUUUUAUUUUCACAUUUGCACUGUUUCAUUCUCUCACUUUUAUUAAUAUGACUUCAAUACUACCAUCAUGGUAGUGGAAAUGAACUCGACUAAACCCUCUGAAUCAAUUUUUGCUUUUCUUCUAGUGGAGACUGAGGCUACUGUGGCAUGCUGGUCCCCUUUAGGGCUGGGUAUUAAACAUAAAAUACUGCUUUGUUACUGACUGAAAUGGGUCCAUAACAAUAAGUUGAAAAACGUCAAGUACAGAAAUCUAUUAUUAAAUGUUUGGUCAGAUUUUGAAAUUUCUGUGCUUAUUUUUUGAUCAGAUAGAUAGAUUUAAAGUUAUAAUCCUUAACCAUUUCAUUAAAUCAAAACCCCAUUUUAAAUACAAUUUAUGGUUGACCUUUUUGUAAUUACCUCUCUGUAUGGUAUUUGUCAUUGUUGGUGGCGGAGUCCACUUACCGCCCUGUAUUCAAAUUGUGAUACAGGUUUGUUUGCCUGCACUGUAAAAAUAUCGGUUAUCAGGUUAUAUUUCGUGCUUUCCUGUUUUAUUUCUGACAAAGUAUCUGCUCAAAGAGUGGUAACUCUAGUGUUAAACCGCAUUUGCCGUUACCACUGGUGACCACAGGUGUCGCCAAAUUAACCAGGCUUAAAAUUGAAGGGAUUGUAACUUUAAAUUGAAAUGUUGACAGUUUAGACACAUUUUAUUUGAACACAGUUCACAUUUGGCUGCUUGUGUCUAAACAAAAUUGAAUGUGAACGUUUUUGAAAUUAUUUUGUAGAAAAACAUUUUAUAAUUUUCAAAGUAACCUAUAGGAACAAUGUAUAGUUUUUGUAUCAGUACCAAAACAAACAUAUCGCAUCAGCAUUAGAAAAACUUAGAAUGAUACCCAGCCCUAAUACCGCCCACACACUGUUAAUACAGAAUUUCGGUCAAUGAAAAUCUUUUGGUCAUGCAAAUUAAAUAUUCCUGCUCUUCCUUCAUUAUCAUUAGCAGUUUAUAAUGAAUUAACAUACAGUAUCUAAUGACAAAACAUUUUGUCCAAUCAAGACUUAACGAUUAAUGAAGCUGUUCUCCAAGAGCCAUUUUGGAAAUGUUCAUUGCUGCUGUCUUCAGAGCUGAGGAAACAUUUUCAUUUCAUGUUUACAAGGCAGAAAAAUUGUUCAUAACACUAAAUUAGGGACCAUAGAGUUUUCUGCCUUGUAACUUAGUCUGAUCUCCAUUGAAAACCGGAUCUCAUAACUAUGAUUUUCAUAUCUCAUAAAUAUGAUUGGUAUUUUAUAAUUAAAUAUCUCUUUCUUUUAUUGUGUUAGAUAUUUUUUGUUUGUUUUUUGGCAGAUGCAGCAAAGGUCCCUGGCUGGAAUCAAACCAGGGGCGUUCCCGUUAUGUGGCAUGUGCAGUAACCAUUCUGCUAUAGGGGUGCUCCACCAGAUUAUUUUUAGUAAAUAUGAGGACAUUAGGACUGCAACUAACGUCUCAUUUCAUUAUAGAUUAAUCUUCCAGUUAUUUUCAGGAGCACUGGUAAUUCAUUAAUUGUUUGGUCUUCAAAAUGUGAUUUUAAUUUUUAUAUAUUCCCUCAGCACAAAUUGAUUGGAAUUUUCAAAUUACUUAAUUUAUUUGACCAUCAGUCCAAAGGGCUGAUAAACUAAAAAAUAUUUAGUCUAAUUUCAUAUAUAACAAAGAAAAGCUUCAAAUCAUCACACUGGAUCUAUAAAAUGUUGAUGUUUGAUGAUUACAUUUUCUGUCAAAGGAUUACUCGACCAAUUGUUGCAGCUCUACACUCCUAAUUAUGAGAUAAUGCUCUUGUAAUUUUGAGUUAUGGAUCUUGAAAUUAUGAUGUAUUUUCAUAAUUAUAAAACACAGAUCCCACGAUUACAAGAAUAAAAAUCAUAAUUAAGACCUGUAUUCUCAUAAUUAUGAGAUGUUUUCCUGUAAUCAUGAGAUAUUCCAUCAUAGUUAUGAGAUUCAGGAGGUAUAAUUAUGAGAUACAGUCUUCUGUUAUUCAUUUAUUUAUUUUUAAUCUAAUGGGUUUAGUAAAGUUUGUGAAUAGAUCUAGUUAUUCCCCUUUUAAAUCAAAUUUUCAAGAAGCUAAUGUCAAUCCUGACCGCUAUGAUGAACCUCAAUGUGUUAAAAACGGGACCCUCAUGUCACUGCUAGUAAUGACGUCUGAUUGGUUCCUCUGCGCAGCCCCAUUGGCUGUUUAUCCCUGUACGCUGUGUUUUGAUUGGUUGCUCAGCCUCAUUUUGCUGAUGCACUUUAAUUCUGUUUCUCUGGAAGGUUCUGGAAAAAUCUCUUCUUGUCUCUCCCCUCACCUUUCUCGACAUUUUCUGCUUUUUUUUUGUCUUUUCUCUCUCGUUUCUGUUUGCUUGUUCAGAUUUCUUUGUUUGAAAUGUGUGGUUUUGUUUUGUGAGACAGUUUUUAACAUUUUGUGAAUUGAAACGAAACUGGAAAAUAAGGAAUAAUGUUUAGUAAACAUCAAAUUACACCUUGUAUGUAUGUGUACACCAACUGUUCUGAUUUGUCUUGUACUACAUGAUCUUUUUUCAUGAAGCAGGUGAAUCCUAAGCCACGUGGUCCCAUUAGGGAUUAUACAUUUCAAUGUCAUCUCUAAAGCAUGACUUUAAGGAAUUCUGUUCAAGUGAAGUUCUUAUUUAAUCAAAGCUUCGGAGAAGGAAAGUGUAGGGGGAAAGAAAAGAAUGCAAAACAAAAGAAAAAAAACAGAUCCUUCCAGAGAGAUGGUGAGAGUUAAGAGAUGAUCCGAUGCAUUUGUAGUCAUGGUAACCCUCUUGGCUACCAUGACAACGGAGUGUGAUAUGGUGUCAUGUGUGUUUCUACAAUAUUAACACAGACUUUUGUUUUACAGAACGUCUGUUUGUGUGAUCGUCCUGUGCACGCAAACACAAAAAAAACACACCUACAUACACACGUGUAAAUACAAGGCGGCGUGACGCCAUGUUGUUUCUGUGUUUCAGUUGUUGCACGUGUUCUGAUUCAGGACAAAAUUGAAAUAAAAUUUUACUGCAA